AUGGCGACGCGCGCGGUGACGCGCGCUUCGGUGGGCGAUGGGACGACGCGCGCGGUGCCACCGCGCGCGCGCGCGGGCGCGGUGCGGCGCGUGAGAGCGAGCGAACGCGUCGUGAUGUUGACAUCAUGGUGCGAUGGAACGACGCGCGCGCGACGCGGGCGAACGGUGACGCGCGCGACGGCGACGACGGCGCGGGUGGGGGAGCGCGCGGGCGCGCUCUCGCAGGUCCUGAGCGGGAUCACGGUCUCCCUGGCCAUGGUCCCGGAGUCGCUCGCGUUUACGUUCGUCGCGGGCGUGAGCCCGAUCGUCGGUCUGCACGCGGCGGCGUUGAUGGGACUGUGCACGGCGCUGUUGGGGGCGCAACCGGGGGUUAUUUCGGGCGCCGCGGGAGCGACCGCGGUGGUGUUCGCGCCGUUGGUGGCGAGUCACGGGGUUGAGUAUUUGUUCGCCGCCGUGACGCUCGUGGGGGCGAUGCAAUGCGCGUGCGGCGCGGCGAGACUCGGAAAAUUCAUUCGACUCGUCCCGCAACCGUGCAUGAUCGGGUUCGUGAAUGGAUUGGCGAUUGUGAUCGGGAUGUCGCAGUUGGAGACGUUCUCGGGAUUGAGCGGGAGCUCUCUGGCGACGACGGCGGGACUCACCGCGCUCACGAUGGCUUUGAUCCGUAUCAUUCCAAAGCUGUCUUUCGUCCCGAAAGCCAUCCCUGCGCCUCUUUUGGCCAUCGCGUCGUGCGCGACGCUGACGAAUGCGCUGAAGAUUUCGACGAAGACCGUUGGAGACGUCGCCCCGGUCUCAGGAUCGUUGCCGUCGUUACACUUGCCGAACGUCCCGCUCACUUUCGAGACGUUAACCGUCAUCGCGCCGUACGCGCUCUCCGUCGCCGCAGUUGGGCUGAUCGAGACUCUUCUUACGCAGCAGCUCGUGGACGACGUGACUGAAAAGCGCACGGCGACGCACACCGAGUGUAUUGCGCAGGGCGUUGGUAACUUGGUGAACGGUGCUUUCGGCGCCAUGGGCGGAUGCGCCAUGAUUGGACAAUCGAUGAUCAACGUCAACUCUGGCGGUCGAACGCGAGUCGCAGGCGUCACGUGCGCGCUGGCAAUUUUGAGUUACGUCUCGUUCGGUGCCUCCUUCAUCGAGCGUAUUCCCAUGGCGGCGCUGACGGGCACGAUGCUUUGCCUCGUGCUAGACAUUUUCGAUUGGACAUCCUUCUCACGCAUUCAAAAGAUUCCAAAGACGGACGCCGUCGUCCUCGCCCUCGUCACCGGCGUCACGGUGGCCACGAAUCUGGCCGUGGCCGUGUUUGCAGGCGUCGUACUGUCCGCCCUCGGAUUCGCGUGGAAGUCAUCGCAACGAAUCAUCGUCUCGCGCUCAGAGAUCCGCGGAGUGAAUAACUCGGAGGCUCUCUGCGAACUCUCCGGACCGCUCUUCUUCGGGUCGGUACAAAGUUUCACGGAGAAGCUUGAUCCUCGAAAUGAGUCGGCCAAUCGCGUCAUCUUGGACUUCGCCCAGAGCAAGGUUUGGGAUAGCUCGGCGCUGACGGCCAUCGACGAGUUGUCUGACAAAUAUCGCAGUCUGGGCAAGAAGCUCACUCUGCGAGGCCUCUCUCCGGAUUGCACAAAACUGCUCACGAGAGCAGGCGAUCUCGUUGAAAUCGACGUGGACGCUGAUCCCGUGUACGCCAUCGGCAUGGACUACGACACGCGCCAACUGGAAGGGACGACGGAAGCUUUGGCCGGGACGAAUCGUCAACUCACUCUGGCAGAGGAGAAAGCGUUGAAGCGACAGUACAAUCAAUAG